ACCUUGGGGCUGUCUCUUCGGCGCCAUGGCGUUCUGCAGCUUCUUCGGGGGCGAGGUUUUCCAGAACCACUUUGAACCAGGUAUCUAUGUGUGUGCCAAGUGUGGCUAUGAGCUGUUCUCUAGCCGCUCAAAGUAUGCACACUCGUCUCCAUGGCCAGCAUUCACAGAUACUAUCCAUGCUGACAGUGUGGCCAAAUGUCAGGAGCGGAACCGACCUGGAGCCCUGAAGGUAUCUUGUGGCAGGUGUGGCCAUGGGCUGGGCCACGAAUUCCUGAAUGAUGGCCCUAAGCAGGGACAAUCUCGAUUCUGAAUAUUCAGCAGCUCGUUGAAGUUUAUCCCUAAAGACAAAGAAACUUCAGCUUCCCAGGGGCACUAGACGGGCAUCCCGCACCCUCCAAGACAGACAAGACAGAUUUGCACUGUGACUGCGCCCUCACCAUCACACCUUGACAUUGGAAUUCUAGACACUUAGAUAGCAUUCUGAACAGGGUCUCCAUGGCAAAGCACUUGUUUGCAAUAUUCCAUAGUCUUUUUGUUGUUGUUGUUGUUGUUGUUUUGAGACAAGGUCUCACUACAUAGUUGAGACUAAGCUG